AUGAGUGAAGUUGAAAGUAUCGCCACUAUUCAUUCACAACUCUACCGCUACACAAGCAUUUUGAGAAUUUUAUCUGACAACAGAGAGCCGAUGGACCUUGAUAAGGUUUACAAAAUCUCGAAAGAAAUCAUCGAGAUUUGCAAACUUUGCAGUUUUGUUAUCAACCAAGGAUGCAAGAAAACAUUGGAAACUGCUCAUUCCCGUCUCAAUGCGCUUCGUCCUAUUGUGGAGGAGGUGAUCUUGACUUCUGGAGGCUAUUGA